CCUCCCCCGCCGGGGCCAGCGCAGCCAAUCCCCCGAGCGAGCGGCCGCCAACAUGCUCUUUGAGGGCUUGGAGCUGGUGUCGGCGCUGGCCACCCUCGCCGCGUGCCUGGUGUCCGUGACGCUGCUACUGGCCGUGUCGCAGCAGCUGUGGCAGCUGCGCUGGGCUGCCACCCGCGACAAGAGCUGCAAGCUGCCCAUCCCCAAGGGUUCCAUGGGCUUCCCGCUCAUCGGAGAGACCGGCCACUGGCUGCUACAGGGUUCUGGCUUCCAGUCGUCGCGGAGGGAGAAGUAUGGCAACGUGUUCAAGACGCAUUUGCUGGGGCGGCCGCUGAUACGCGUGACGGGCGCGGAAAACGUGCGCAAGAUCCUCAUGGGCGAGCACCACCUCGUGAGCACCGAGUGGCCUCGAAGCACGCGCAUGCUUCUGGGGCCUAACACGGUGGCCAACUCUAUCGGCGACAUCCACCGCAACAAGCGCAAGGUCUUCUCCAAGAUCUUCAGCCAUGAGGCUCUGGAGAGCUACCUGCCCAAGAUCCAGCUGGUGAUCCAGGACACGCUGCGUGCCUGGAGCAGCCACCCCGAGGCCAUCAACGUGUACCAGGAGGCGCAGAAGCUCACCUUCCGCAUGGCCAUCCGGGUGCUGCUGGGCUUCAGCAUUCCCGAGGAGGACCUUGGGCACCUCUUUGACGUCUACCAGCAAUUUGUGGAGAACGUCUUCUCCCUGCCUGUCGACUUGCCCUUCAGUGGCUACCGGCGGGGCAUUCAGGCCCGGCAGACCCUGCAGAAGGGGCUGGAGAAGGCCAUCCGGGAGAAGCUGCAGUGCACCCAGGGCAAGGACUACUCGGACGCGCUGGACAUCCUCAUCGAGAGCAGCAAGGAGCACGGGAAGGAGAUGACCAUGCAGGAGCUAAAGGACGGGACCCUGGAGCUGAUCUUCGCGGCCUAUGCCACCACAGCCAGCGCCAGCACCUCGCUGAUCAUGCAGCUGCUGAAGCACCCCGCCGUGCUGGAGAAGCUACGGGAGGAGCUGCGGGCCCAGGGCAUCCUGCACAGCGGCGGCUGCCCCUGCGAGGGCACCCUGCACCUCGACACGCUCGGCGGGCUGCGCUACCUGGACUGCGUCAUCAAGGAGGUCAUGCGCCUCUUCACACCCAUCUCCGGCGGCUACCGCACCGUGCUGCAGACCUUUGAACUCGACGGUUUCCAGAUCCCCAAAGGCUGGAGCGUCAUGUACAGCAUCCGAGAUACUCACGACACAGCACCCGUGUUCAAAGACGUGAACGUGUUCGACCCCGACCGCUUCAGUCAGGCACGGAGCGAGGACAAGGACGGCCGCUUCCAUUACCUCCCGUUUGGCGGCGGCGUCCGGACCUGCCUGGGCAAGCACCUGGCCAAGCUCUUCCUGAAGGUGCUGGCGGUGGAGCUGGCCAGCACGAGCCGCUUCGAGCUGGCCACCCGGACCUUCCCCCGCAUCACCCUGGUCCCCGUCCUGCACCCCGUGGACGGCCUCAGCGUCAAGUUCUUUGGCCUGGACUCCAACCAGAACAAGAUCCUGCCAGAGACGGAGGCCAUGCUGAGCGCCACCGUCUAACGUGCUCCGGCCAUACCUGCCUCAGCCCAGCCCGGGCGUGGGGUGGGGGUGAGGGGAGGUAGAAACCUGUGUAUGGGAGAGGGCGAACCCGGGAGGGCGAGCGGCCCCUGUACUUGCCCUACCCGGCCCCCCUCCCUGGCAAACCCUGCCCAAAGCCAAGUGGGCCCCACCCUUCCUGGGGACGGGCUCCCCUCCUGGCUCCUGCUUCCCUCCAGGCGCUGCCCGGGUCCCACCAGCUCAGCUUCUGGGACAGGGCGAGGCCGGGCUCUGCAUGCCCGUUACAGUGUUAGGUGUCGCUUGUGCUGCAGUGUUUGCUUGUGAAGUUCUCAACCGCCCCCUUCCCUCGUUCCUUCCAGACCCUUUCAGUUGGAGGUCAGGCCAUCGAGCUGGGGAGGCAGGAAGAGAGGUGCCCCCUCCUUUGGCGCACUCUUCAGCACCCUCUUCCUGCCUCUCCCACUGCGGCUGCCAGAAGAACAGCAUCCUGGGUAAUAAAUAGAACAGGAGUCAGCCGUGGUCGGGGCAGGGGCGCCACCAACCUGGAGGGCCUCCCCACCCACCUCCCCGCCAUGCCAGUUUGGACAUUUGAAAUUAACUAUUGCUGCUACUUGUUCUGUCCUCUGACCUUGGGGCAAAGGAGCCCCAGGUCUGUCCCCCAGCAUCCUUCCUGGUGGCCCUGGGCAGGCGCACUGACACCCCAUCUUCCUGUCCCCUGCUUAGCCAAGCUGCUCCCUGCUACACACACACCCAACCAAGGUCCCAGCUCAUGGGCUCCCACCCCUAUAUUUAUUCCCUGAUAGAGAAUCUCAGCAAUGCAGGGGUCUGGAGCAAACAUCUCCUCCAUCCCCAGCCCCGUUCCAGCUGUUCCAGGCAAGACGUCUGCGAGUGGAGAGGAAGGGGUCUCUGGUCAAACCCAGCCCCCUUGGCCCACAGUGGGGCAGCUUUCCCAGGCUCCAGACUUUGAGUUCAACCUCAGAGCCUCACUCCUAGGCUGAAACUCAGCCCCUCUGUCUUGUCCCCUCGAGGGGGAUGGGGCCAUGGCCUAUUGCCACCUACCCCGUCCUGUCAAAACCCUGAUCAUGCAGAUUUGGAGGCUGCCAUGGCUCCCUGCUUAGCCACUAUGCACCCAGUGCCUCCUGCUCCGGCUAGUGAGUACAGGGCAGGAUAUGGGUUCUUUCUGCUGGUGGGGGGCGUGGGCCCCUGUCUGCCCUUCCUUGCCCCUUACCUUGUGCCCUUAGCCCUUGGAAAGGUGCCCUUGAAGUCCCUUCUACUCUGUGCCACUGUCUGUUUAGCCCAGCUCAGGGGAGUGGGGACGAGAUGAAGGCAUGGGGGAGGUGAGUGCAGAGGCAGCCCUGCCUCCAGCGAGGCCCAUGUGGCCUUGAGCAGCUGCAGGGCAGGCUGCAGGGAGAGCCCCGAGAGAGCUGAGGACGAGGGUACGUGCCAUUUGUCAGAAGGGAUUGGGUUGAAGCUGGCGAGUCUGGAUGACUGGGGGAGAGAGGAGUAGCUCCCGCCACUGGCAUUCUGAGUGUUGGCAGUUUUGGGGUGCCUCCCGAGAUGGUCUGAGGGCGUUUGGCAAGUCUCUAGCAAUUUUGUCUGUUUUUAAAUUUUUCUUUGCUUUCCAUGUUUCUCUAUUGGGUUUUGAUGUCAUAAGUGAGUCCUCUUUUCCGAGAAAAUGAAAGCACAGAAGAAGAAAGCUGGACUUGACGAUUCCCCAGUUGCUGCUGCGAGCAGCUCAGCGCCCCGGCAGGGGCCAGUGGGCAGCCCCACGGCAGACCCCAGCCCGCCCCGUCUGACAGCAGACUCUGUAGGAAUGGGGGCACACCUCGCAGACCGCUCCGUAACCCCCGAGUCUCAAGUGUUUCAUUUGCGUCCUGCUUUUCACUACUAAAAAUCAGCGUCGAACAGACAUUCUUGACAAAAAUAGUUAGAAAUUUUUUAAAAAAUUAGUAAGAUCCCUCCAACCUCCCCCCAAUUCUGUAAAACAGGCCAAAAUGUGUAAAGACUCGUCAAAGCCUGCAAAAUAGCUGCAUGGCGUACCAGAAUCUGUUACCCACAGAAACGCCCAGUGUCUGGAAGGUUCUUUUUCCUUUAAAGUGAUCCGCCUAGCCCUGAGCCAGGUGUUUUUUGCCUGACUAGGAGGGCAGGCAGCAAGUGCAACUUCACUCGGGGAGCACUCUGGGUGUGGCCCUGGGGACGGGCAGGGGCUAGAGGGCUCUGGGAGGCCCCUAGGGCCUUCCCUUGGGGUGCCAGCCUGGGGGGUGCAGAGAGGGAAAAGCUUUGGGGACCCCUGUAAGGGAGGAAAGAAGGAUCACUUGCCCCGCUGGGCCUCAAAGGCAACAGGAAGAGAGCUACAGAGAGCUCUGGCCGGCCGACAGCACCCUCCCCUUGCCAUUCCUGCGCCUCUGCUCGGUAGAUCUGUAUUGUGGUAUCUGUGUCCGUGUGUUUGCGUGUGUGUUUCAUAGAGCUCGUGUUAGAUGUGUGAUGUUUUCUCACCAUUCCUAACUAUUGUAACUUGAUAUUAAAAAAGACAAAACCCCCACAAAACUCCUCCUGCCCUGGGCUUGCAGAUUGAAGCACUUUUGAUGUUGGGCGCUGGCGUUUGUGUUCAUGGCACCACCCCGCCCCUGCCCAGAUCGCUAUAAUAUUAUUUUAUACACAAGACUUUUUUUUUUUCAUAAAUGUUAUAAUUUUGUGUCUGUCUUUAUAAACUAUUAUAAGUACUAUUUUUGUUAUAAUUCAAAAUAGAUAUUUAGUAUAAAGUUUUUGCUGUUAAAUAUUUGUUUUAUUUAGUAAAAUAUGAAUUUUUUUCUCUAUUGUAAACAUGGUUCAAAAUAUUAAUAUGUUUUUAUCACAGUUGUUUUAAUAUUGAAAAAGCACUUGUGUGUGUUGUUUUGAUAUGAAUCUGGUGCCGUAUGAGUGUUUUUUGCUGUCAUGUGGUUUUAAUCUGUAUAUAAUAUUCCACGUUGCAUAUUAAAAAAUGAAUGUUGUGCAUUUUGUGAUUUUUGGAAAUACUCGAUAUAGCUCUUUUAUAGGCUUCCAUAAUAAACCGUGGCGACUCACA